AUGACUGUCGCCAUAAUCUUGGGUCGUCGAAUUGACCUCCCAACUUCCGUAUUCCUUCACGGUCUCGCCUUAGCAUUUUAUGGACUCUACUUGACCUUCUACCCCACUUCCACACCCUCACGAGCCAAUGACCGCUCUGCCAUGAUGGGCAUCGCAGUGACGUGUUUAGGCCUCGGUUACCUCGGGACGGCGUACAUGCCUCAGGAGCAGAACGCUUUCCUUUACGCAAGCGUUCCCGUUCGUGUGGGCGUAGCCAUACUCUCUGGGCUCAAGCUUUUGUUGUAUGGGAAUACCUUAGGCACUGCUGGGAAGAGGGAUUUUCUUGCGGUUCUCAUAUACGAUGGAAUUGGAGGGUUGAUUCUGGGAUGGAAUCUCGGCACCUGGAGUGGUAUCGCUCCCGCUUACCGGUGA